UAUAUUGCUGACUCCACCUUUAAGAAGUGAAAUCUGCAUGGUGCAGCAGGCGUGCAGUUCAUCCUCAUCAGUCGAAAUGCCGGUAGAUUUGAGUCAGUGGACUGGUGGUCUUGACCUAACAGACGUUGAUGAAAAGCCUGCACAGACCCUCCAUGUCAAAUAUGGCUCUGUUGAAAUCGACGAGUUAGGGAAAGUGCUGACGCCAACCCAGGUGCAGAGCCGACCCACCAGUGUGGAAUGGACGGGCUGUGAUUCCAGUAAGCUGUAUACUCUGGUCAUGACCGACCCGGACGCGCCCAGCAGGAAAGACCCCAAGUUCCGGGAAUGGCACCACUUCCUGGUGGUGAACAUGAAAGGCAACGAUGUCUCCAGCGGACACGUUUUGUCUGACUACGUUGGGUCAGGACCACCUAAAGGCACUGGUCUCCACAGGUAUGUUUGGCUGGUUUACGAGCAAUCGGGCAGUAUUUCCUGUACCGAGCCGAUCCUGACCAACCACUCUGGGGCUAACCGGGGAAAGUUCAAGAUCCGGGCCUUCCGCCAGAAAUACGGUCUGGGAACUCCUGUGGCCGGAACCUGCUAUCAGGCAGAAUGGGAUGACUACGUCCCAAAGCUUUAUGAACAACUGUCUGGAAAGUAAAGUAACUUGUGAGAUGAAGGGUAAUGCUGAAAUUGACAUUCAGUAGCUGAAGUCACUGCAACCCCCUCCCCCCCAGAGAACCUUUGUUGUUUGUGCCACACUCACCCCACUCUUAUAUUAUAACUCAACAAAGUAUACUGACCCACAACUGCUAACUGGUAAUUUGCCUUUCAAACAUUGUCCAUGUAGCAUACUGUUUUAACUAGUUUAUUACACUGUGUCGUCUUUUUUGGUGAUGCUGGUAAAGUAGCUUGCAAUAAUGAAUCGUGAUCCUGUGAGGGUCCCCUUCAAAAUCUGAGCCUUUGUAAUGAAUAAAGCAUGGUAAAACCCUAAGCUGGAUACCCAGCCUGUAGUGGACCCUGAAUGGCACCAGUGUCCUCAGAGUCAUACCAGUUGUAGUAUUAGUGAAUAGCUUUGUUAAUCAUUUGUUAAUUUAUCACUGUAAUUUAUGCUAAUCUGAUGUGGUACACUGAGUUGGGUAUUCAAUAAAUAGAACCAGACGUCUGGGGAAAAGUUAUUAAUGAUAAACCAUUUAAAUGGGACACCAUUCUUUGGAGAUUUGUUUGACCAUUACCAGAAAAGGCUGAAUAAAUGUCAGUUUGCUUAGAUUGGCUGAUAUAAGCAAAUCAUAUCUAGUAACUUGCUGUUAAAGAUCUAACGACAAUGUAUUAAAGCAUCAUAAAUUCAAACA